UUCACAAUUUGUAGGUAGUACAAGAACUGAAAAAUAAUUUUUGGUUGCCAGUAUACCUGUAGUCGUUGCACUGAUCAGUCGAUAGUUUUGUGAUAAAUUAUUUCUCAAGUGAAUUAAAUUAUUAACCAUGGGACGUGAUUCUAGAAAGGUUUCAAGAGAACUUCGGAGUUCUGAAAAAAUUAAUAAGUCGCGUUCAGUCAAAAGAAAGAAUGUUUUUAAUCCGAAAACAGCCGAACGUGAUGAAAGUAUUCAGAGUACAUCUUCUAAAAAAUUAAAACAAAACACUGAAGAUGAUGUACCUGAAGACAGCAGUACUGAAUUUCGAAUAAUAAAUUUUAUUCAGGUAUUCACUGCAAUUUCUGCUCUUAUAAAAUGUAAAAAAUGUGAUGGAAAUGUAGUGUUUCAAACAGCAAGUACACGUGGGCUGGGAUUCAAAAUUGUAGUUGCAUGUAAUAACUGUGGAAAUGAAUAUAUUCCUUCCUGUUCUUUCGUUGGGCAUUCUUAUGAAAUAAACAGACGUUUCAUUUUUGUAAUGAGAAUACUAGGAAUAGGAUACGAAGGAUUGUGCAAGUUUUGCGGCCUGAUGGACAUGCCGUCUUUUUUAGAUAAAUCUACGCAUACAAUUUUACUGAAACAGAUUUUGAAUUGUAGUAAAGCCGUCGCAGAAACCUUCAUGACGAAAGCUGUGAAUGAAGAAAAGCAAGCAAUGCCAACAACUGAAAAUGAAGAUAUAAAUCAUCUAACUGUAUCGGGAGAUGGAACCUGGCAAAAACGGGGAUAUACAUCGUCAUUUGGAGUUUCUUCUAUAAUUGGCUAUUUUACUGGAAAGAUUCUUGACAUAAACAUUAAAAGUGCAUAUUGUAAGCUAUGUGAGUAUUGGAAAAAAAAAACAAAUACUGUUGAGUUCGAGGAAUGGUAUCAAUCGCAUGAAGAUGUGUGUUCUGCUAAUCAUCAAGGGUCUUCUGGGAAAAUGGAGGUGGAUGCGAUGGUCGAAAUGUUUUCGUAUUCUGAAACUAAAUAUGGAGUUAAGUAUGCCAACUAUAUUGGUGAUGGUGACUCCAAGACCUAUUCAGGAAUUAUAAAAUCAGAUCCUUACGAAAAUACAACUGUAAAUAAAAAGGAAUGUAUAGGGCGUGUCCAAAAGCGGAUGGGGAGUCGAUUACGUACGCUGAAGAGUAAACAAAAAGGUCUUGGUGGUCGAGGUAAGCUCACAGGAAAAUUAAUAGACAAACUAACUGUGUACUAUGGUUUAGCAAUACGCCGGCAUUGUGAUUCUAUUGAAAAUAUGAAAUCUGCUAUAAUGGCAACCUUUUAUCACUACGGCUCGAGUGAUGAAAAACCGAAUCAUGAUAUGUGUCCAAAAGGCGAAGAAUCUUGGUGCUCUUACCAGCGCGCUGAAGCAAGAGGAGAGCUUGAUACCUUUUCUCACGAUUAUUCUCCUUUACCUUCUGAUGUUUUAAAAGCUAUCAAGCCUAUAUACGAAGAUCUUAGUAAUGAAAAUUUACUUUCAAGAUGUGUAGGUGGAUUCAAUCAGAAUAAUAAUGGAAGCUUUAACCAACUAGUAUGGAAAAUAUGCCCAAAAACGUCUUGAUGAAUACACUAGGACUUAAUUGUGGGCCUAAUUCUCAUCGGUAUGCAGAAAGAAUGGAAGCUGCACGUAUCAAAGUAGCAGAUAAGCGCGCUAAUGAUAACACCCGAGAAGGUCGAUUGCAACGUAGGCACCAGCAAAUCGAUAUUUUGGAAGCUGCUAUGUCGGCUGAAGAGCUAUUAUAUGGUCCAGGAAUAGAUGACUCAGUAUGAAUCUCCAAGGACUUAUGAUGAUCACCGCAAAGGACUUCGGGAGGAACGGGCUCUACAAAAACAGCGAUAACUUUUUGAAUUAUUAAUUUUUUUUUUUUGAAAUUUUCGUGAAGUCAAAUCGAAACGUGUUCCUUUUUAUUUACAGUUGUAUUUUCGUAAGGAUCUGAUUUUAUAAUUCCUGAAUAGGUCUUGGAGUCACCAUCACCAAUAUAGUUGGCAUACUUAACUCCAUAUUUAGUUUCAGAAUACGAAAACAUUUCGACCAUCGCAUCCACCUCCAUUUUCCCAGAAGACCCUUGAUGAUUAGCAGAACACACAUCUUCAUGCGAUUGAUACCAUUCCUCGAACUCAACAGUAUUUGUUUUUUUUUUCCAAUACUCACAUAGCUUACAAUAUGCACUUUUAAUGUUUAUGUCAAGAAUCUUUCCAGUAAAAUAGCCAAUUAUAGAAGAAACUCCAAAUGACGAUGUAUAUCCCCGUUUUUGCCAGGUUCCAUCUCCCGAUACAGUUAGAUGAUUUAUAUCUUCAUUUUCAGUUGUUGGCAUUGCUUGCUUUUCUUCAUUCACAGCUUUCGUCAUGAAGGUUUCUGCGACGGCUUUACUACAAUUCAAAAUCUGUUUCAGUAAAAUUGUAUGCGUAGAUUUAUCUAAAAAAGACGGCAUGUCCAUCAGGCCGCAAAACUUGCACAAUCCUUCGUAUCCUAUUCCUAGUAUUCUCAUUACAAAAAUGAAACGUCUGUUUAUUUCAUAAGAAUGCCCAACGAAAGAACAGGAAGGAAUAUAUUCAUUUCCACAGUUAUUACAUGCAACUACAAUUUUGAAUCCCAGCCCACGUGUACUUGCUGUUUGAAACACUACAUUUCCAUCACAUUUUUUACAUUUUAUAAGAGCAGAAAUUGCAGUGAAUACCUGAAUAAAAUUUAUUAUUCGAAAUUCAGUACUGCUGUCUUCAGGUACAUCAUCUUCAGUGUUUUGUUUUAAUUUUUUAGAAGAUGUACUCUGAAUACUUUCAUCACGUUCGGCUGUUUUCGGAUUAAAAACAUUCUUUCUUUUGACUGAACGCGACUUAUUAAUUUUUUCAGAACUCCGAAGUUCUCUUGAAACCUUUCUAGAAUCACGUCCCAUGGUUAAUAAUUUAAUUCACUUGAGAAAUAAUUUAUCACAAAACUAUCGACUGAUCAGUGCAACGACUACAGGUAUACUGGCAACCAAAAAUUAUUUUUCAGUUCUUGUACUACCUACAAAUUGUGAAUAUAUGUAGAAGGAUAUAUAUAUGUAUAUAUAUAUAUAUAUAUAUAUAUAUAUAUAUAUAUAUAUAUAAUUAUAAAUACAUUAAAAUGGGGAGAUAUUCAUGACAAUGAAACCCGAAAGGUCGGUUGCUUGCAGCUGUUUCUAGCUACCUGCUCUCGAAUGCCACGUAGCACCCGAGCGUCCUUUGGUCAUUGUUAAAUAACUCGAAAAGAAUUUGUCGGAUUCACUUCAAAUUUUCACACAAUAUUUUUAAAAUAUUAUACUUUAAGAAAAUGCAAAAAAAAAAAAAUCGAUUUUUUGAAAAUUCUGACUACCCCUAACCCCUUAAAAAAACAAACUUUUUAUCGCGCUUACAGACAAAUUAAAUUUCAAUGUCAGGUGCAUAAAAAAAAAUAAUUAAAUUAAUGAUAUUUUAAAUUGUUUUAUCUAAAUUGACUUAUUUAUUUAUUAUUUAUAACAAAAAAAAAAUAUUUAUAUUUAUGGUAAUUGUCUGUAUAUGAAGAUUUUAUGUACAUAAAUUCUAAAUUAGAAAUUAAAAUUAAUUACUUAUAAAUAAUUAUUUUAAAAUUUAAUUAGACGGUAAAAUUAAUAAACUAAUUAGUAAAAAAAAAUAAUAAUAAAGAAAAUCAUGUCCAUUAAUUUGCCAUCGUCGUAGUUAAGUAAAAGUGAAUAGUUUAAAUAAAAGUAAAACUAUUAUCUAGUAUGCAAUUAAAAUAUAAAAUGUAAUUAGUCAUUAGCAUCGAGCAUUCCUCGACAAGCUUUAUAAAAAUUUAUAGUAACGCGAUUUUAUCUAGUUUUAUUUUUAAGCACAAAUUGUUAAUAUUCAUUUAUUAUUUAUGAGUAUGAAUGAACCAGACACCAGACAAAUUUAAGGCCAUUCUCAAAUAGUGCCCCCACUUUUUUAAAAUAUUCAGUGACUUUCAAUUGUAAUGACUAUUAAAAUUUUGAUAAUUAAUUUUAAAAAAGUGUAAGCAUUAUUUGAGAAAAGGGCAACGCUGUUACAAUUUCGCAGAGACAUAGAUUUUGAAAAAAAUUAUUUACAGUUGAUAUCAAUUAGGAGUUAAACAAAAUUUUGAAAAUAAAUUUCAGUAAAAUCUUCAUAUCAAUAUCGCGUGCAAAAAAAAAUUGUUAAAAAAGUGUUGACUGUUCUAAACUUCAAAACGUGACACAACAACGAACUUUUUUUAAACGUUCUUUGAACUUUAGAAAAUUAAAAUGGUCAGAAGUAGUUCAAAAUCCGUUUUUUCUGAACGUAUUUUGCAUUGAAAAAUGUUAAUUUGUAACAUGAAGUCAAUGGUUUUUUUCGUACAUUUUUAGAAUUUUGAAAAUCGUUUAAAAAAAGUUCGUCAUUAUGUCAAGUUUUGAAGUUUAGAAUAGUCAACAUUUUUUUAACCUUUUGUCAACAAUUUUUUUUACACGGGAUUAUAAUUUGGAAUGUCAAAUUUUUUAGGCUGAAAUUUAAUGAUAUUGAAGUUAGCUGACGUCUAACAAUUUUUGGAUUUUCUUUUAGACAGUAAAUUUAAAAAAAAAAAAAUUUGAAAAAGUUGCACCUGUAGUUUUUUAAAUUUUUUUCAUGUGCAUAUUUUUAAUUUUUUUUUUCUUCAAAUUUAAUUGUCCUAAAAAAAUCCAAAAAUUUUUAAUUGUCUGCGAACUUCAGGAUCAUGAAAUUUAUUUUGAAAAUUUCGUUUCACUCCUUAUUGAUUUUAACUGAUAAAUUUUUUUGAAAAUCUACAUCCCGGCGAAAUUGUAACUGCGUUGUCCUUUAUUCAAUUAAUGCUUCAAUUUUUUUUAAAUUAAUUAAUUAAAUUUUAAUACUGUUAUGACAGUUCAAGGUCAUUGAAUAUUUCAAAAAGUCGGAGACCCUGGCGGAGAAUUCCCUUAAAAUUAAUUAAUAAAGAGACUAAGUAAUUAAUAAAAUAAAAUUUAAAAAAAAUGCACUUAUCAAUUUUUUAAUUUUUUAAAUGCGCAUUUUUUAAAAAUUUAAUUUUAUUAAUUAUUUAAUCUUUUUAUUAAUUAAUUAUAAAUUUGUUUAAUGUCUGCUAUCCACACUCAUUAUUAUUCAAAAAAUAAUUAUAUUAUUUUAAUUAAUUAAUUAAUUAAUUUAGUUAAUUAAGAGGACGUAUUAUAAUUAUAAAUGAUAAAUUAUAUAAAUCUAUGACGUAGGUUUGGUGCUUGUAUUAUAUUUUAAAUAAUUGCAUAAGUUUAUAAUAAUUAAGUUAUCGGAGUUCCCGUAAUUUAAUUUUAAAAAUUAUUUUAAAUUUAAUGACAAAUUGUUUAAGACAAAAUUAUUAUAUAAAUAAUUAAUGGAUUAUUUAAAUUUAUAAAUUUUUAAUUUUGUACUUUGUCAAUAACAAUUUGUAAGGAUAAAUUAAUAAUAAUUAGAAAAAAAAAGACAAUUUUAUAAGCAUUUUAUAACGAAAAUUUUAAUGAAAAAUACAGACACGGGAACUCUAGUUGAUUUAUUAUACGCAAAACGAAAAAAAAAUAUGUUAUUAACAAUACUGUCAUUGAUGCCUUGCUUAGAUAAUUAUCAUUAAAGUAUAGAGUUGAAGGAAAGAAAAAAAAAGACGAAAAUAGAAACGAUCCUGAAGUUGACAGACAAUAAAAAAUUUUUGAAUUUUUUUUUUAACACUUAAAUUUGAAGAAAAAAAUACUAAAAAAAUUCACAUGUAGAAAAUUUAAAAGACUACUAGUGCAAUUUUUUUAAAUAUUUUUUUUUUUCAUAAUUUAUCGUUUUUUUAAAAAAUCCAAAAAUUAUUAGACGUCGGCUAAAUUCAGUAUCGUAAAAUAGAAAUUGUCAAUUUAAAGAACGAUACUGAAGUCAGCCGACGUCUAAUAAUUUUUGGAUUUUUUUUAAAACGAUAAAUUAUAAAAAAAUGCACUUGUAGUUUUUUAAAUUUUCUACAUGUGCAUAUUUUUAUUUUUUUUGUAAUUGAGGGCCAGUCAAAUCGAGUUUACUUUCAAUCCGAGUUUAAAUUAUUAUUACUGGUAUAUUUAUAUAUUCAUUAAUAUACAGAUAUACUAUGAUACUAAUUUCAACCUGGAUAAAAAUAAACUAGAAAACCUGCCUAAUUUUUGGAAAAAAAAUUCCGAAAACUGUUGUCUGUUAACUUCAAAAUUAUUAAUGAAUAGAAAGAAAUAGUUGAAUUGUGCAAUGGGUUUUUAAAAUAUGUGCACUCGCGUGUAUACUUAAUGCUCUCUCUUUAUCUGAUAAGUCUCUCUGUACCGCUGAUAAAAAAUGUAAAUGAUUGUUUUCUUUUUUUUAUUACUAAAGGAUGUUUAAUUAAGCAAGCUACGAUUGUCAAAUAAUUUCUUUUUCUAAAUAAUAAUUGUCAAGAUUUUAAGUCUAUUCCAUUAACAAUUAAA